GUAUCUGUGAAGCUGAUGCAACAUUUUGUCACUUCUCCAAACCACCUGCCAAACGAAUCUAAAAUCUAACCAAAUUUUAUUUUGAAUUAACUUGGUGAGAUAUUAUUAUAAAUCAUGGAUGACGAUAUGAUUUUCGAUCCUUCUUUGAAGAAGAAAAAGAAGAAGAAGACAGGAUUUGACAUGGAAGCAGCAUUAGCAGGCGAACAAGGCGAAACCACGAGUACGGAGGCGCCUGCUGAGACAGGUGACGUAGACGUACCCGAGGACGACAGCCUGGAUUUAGAUAAUUUCGGUAAAAAGAAGAAAAAGAAAAAGAAGACUUUCUUUAAUUUAGACGAAUUAGAGAAUGCAUUACCAGAAACAAGGGAAGAAAAGCCUCCCGCGGAAGAACCAGAGCAGCAAGAUGAGGAGAUUAUUGAUGACUUGGAUCUCGACAUCGAUUUCGCAAAGACUAAAAAAAAGAAAAAGAAGAGAAAUUUAGACGAGAUUGUUGCGGAAGAGGAUGUAAAGGGAGAUGAUCAAGAGAGAGACGACGAUCAAAAUGGAGAAUGGGUUGGAAGUGAUCGCGAUUAUACAUAUGAUGAGCUACUUGAGCGAGUUUUCGACAUUAUGCGCGAAAAGAAUCCUAGUAUGGUUUCUGGGAAGAAACAAAAAUUCAUAAUGAGACCACCUCAAGUUGUUAGAAUUGGAACAAAGAAAACUUCAUUUGCCAAUUUCACAGAAAUAUGCAAAACAUUGCAUAGACAGCCUAAACAUUUAUUAGAUUUCUUGUUGGCCGAGUUGGGUACAAGUGGUUCAGUGGAUGGUAACAGCCAACUCAUUAUUAAAGGUCGUUUCCAACAGAAGCAAAUUGAGAAUGUCUUGCGUCGGUAUAUUAAGGAAUAUGUUACAUGUCAUACAUGUCGUUCUCCUGAUACAAUUCUUCAAAAGGAUACUCGAUUAUUCUUCCUCCAAUGUGAAACCUGUGGCUCUCGUUGCUCUGUGGCUAGCAUCAAAUCUGGUUUCCAGGCUGUCACUGGCAAAAGAGCGGCCAUGCGUGCAAAGACUGCAUAGAAUAAUAGUGCUUAGUGAUAAUCAAUUCAAAACCUGGUUUUGGGGUACAUACAGUGAACUUUUCUUGCUUUCAAUUCAUUUCUUGUGUAAUAAAAUAUAUCCCUUGUUGAAUAUCUGUUAGUUUCUCAGUUGGGUGCUUUUAUGUGUUCUAAAAAGUUAUGCCAAUAAUGUUUUAUAAAAAUAUAUACAUGUCGUGUGAAUUAGGAUAUUUAUAUAUUACUAUGUAAUAUAGGCAAUUCAUAAUUUAUUGAAUGGAUUUAAUAUACUUUUUCUGUUUAAUUAUGUUGAUUUGUUUUAAAUAAUAGUUAAAUAUAUACAGUGUUUGUCAUUUAAAUAAAAACUUGCUUGUCAUUAUUUCUGAUAAUAAUUUGUAGUUCAUAAUGUCACAAAAAUUGUUAUGCUUUUUAGUAUUUGCACUAAGUUAUUUUAUUCUUUAGUAUCAAGUGUCCCAUAGUAUAUAAAAAUUGUAUUAAUAAUUCAAUUCAAAUAUGAGCAAUGCUUAAACUUUCUAAAUAAGUGUAUUUAUAUAUUGAUAAAUGAAAGUCUGCAUGUACCCCACUGUAACCUACAUAUUUAUAUAUAGCUCACUUCUGUAAAAUUCACAUUGGUACACAAUGUUUUUA